CGCGGCCCGGCCCGGCCCCGCCACCAUGGCGUUCUCGGAGGAGGCGCUGAGGAAGCAGCUGGGCAAGUAUAAGUUCAGAGACCUGACCAUAGAAGAACUAAAGAAUGUCAGCAGGACAUACCCAAACUUCACAUUCUCCAUGAACACAUACACCUUCAAGGAUGGAUCCCAGAAGGACCUCCUGAAUUUUAGUGGUACUGUUCCAGUGAAAUAUGGCAAUUCCUAUAAUAUACCUAUUCAUCUGUGGAUUCUGGAUUCUCAUCCGUUUGCUCCCCCCAUUUGCUUCUUGAAGCCAACUGUGAACAUGGGCAUUUCAGUGGGAAAGCAUGUUGAUGCUCAUGGCAGGAUUUAUUUGCCCUACCUGCAAAACUGGAGCCAUCCUAAAUCAACGGUUAUUGGAUUAAUCAAGGAAAUGAUUACAAAAUUUGAGGAAGAGCUCCCUUUGUAUUCACUGUCAUCUUCUGAUGCAGCCAGGCAAUCGGAACUUCUCUCCUACAUUGCAAAGAUUACUGAAGGAGAGACUGACAUGAAAUCAAAGAGUAAAAUUGGUGGAGGGAAAACUGAAGGACGUUUUAACAAAAUUACUGUUGUUGGAGCCGGAGAUCUUGGCAUUGCGUGUGUGCUAGCAGUUGCAGCAAAGGGUGCUGCAGACAAGGUGGUUCUUUUGGAUCUUUCUGAAGGUGCAGCAAAAGGAGGGACCAUGGACUUGGAAAUCUUUGCUCUGCCAGAUGUGGAGAUCAGCAAAGAUUUUUCUGCUUCAGCUGAUUCAAAAGUUGUGGUACUUACAGUUAAUUCUCUGGGUAAUGCUCAGACUUAUCUUGAUGUCAUACAAAGCAAUGUGGAUUUGUUCAGAGGAAUUAUCCCAGCAAUAUCACACUACAGUCAGAACACCAUUCUCCUUGUUGCUUCUCAUCCAGUUGAAGUAAUGACAUAUGUGUCAUGGAAGCUGAGUGCGUUUCCCAAAAGCAGAGUUAUUGGAGUAGGUGCCAACCUAGAUACUGAGAGAUUUCAGUAUAUACUGACAAACAUUUUGAAAGCAGAGGCGCUGGCAAAAGAUGCUUGGAUUAUUGGUGAACAAGGGGAAGACAAAGUACCAUCAUGGACCAGUUGUAAUUUAGUUGCAAAUCAAACUGAAGCAAUGGCUGCUUGUAACUCAAGGGAAAAGGUGGCUAACAGAGCUAUGGAAGUUCUAAAGGGAAAAGGUCAGAGAUCUUGGUCUGUUGGGCUCUCGGUUGCUGAUUUGACUGACAGUAUACUGAAAGAUAAAAGAAAGGUUCAUUCAGUAUCCACUCUGGCAAAGGGAUGUUGCAAUAUAAACAGUGAAGUAUUCUUAAGUCUACCAUGUAUUCUUGGAACCGAUGGAGUGAUUGAAAUGGUCAAACUAGAAGAAGAUCCACUAGUGCAAGAGAAACUGCAAAGCAGUGCAGGAUCAAUUCAUGACCUGCAGCAGCAACUGAAACUGUAAGCAAGCACAAGGGAAGCCACGGUGUCUGCUCACAAAGUCAGAGAUUUGCUAGGUAGAAAGGGUUGCUUGGUAUAUACAGAUUUCUAUAUAAAACAAAGUGCUUUUAUAGUUGGUUUUUUCAUUAUUUAAUACUGCACUGCACAGUAAUUUCUUAUUUGAAAAGAGCACUUUUGGUAGCCAAAAUGAGGACAGUAAUGUGCAAGAAUGUUUUACCUAAAUUCAGGUGACUUUUGCCUGUGCUUUUUGAUGCUAAUUAUAGCCUGAUUCUUGGGUUAUUCUUAGCUCUUUGCACCUCAUUAAGACAGUCUAGGAGAGCAGCUUACCCAGCUCUGCAGAAACUGCAGCGUGCAGAGCCUACUAGAACUCUUCCUCCAGGUUUUUAAGUGCUGCAUCAGGGGCUUGUCUAGAAUGUGGUCACACUCCAGCUCUUCAGGGCCCUGGGGGAUGCAGUUCGAUAGCUCGAUCUUUCAUGCCUAUCAUAGCUGCUCUUUUGUCAAUGGAGCCCUGCUUAUUACUAAGGGGAAAAAGCUAAAAGCAUGAUGUUAGCAGUACCCUUCAAACCUGAGUAUUAGAUACCCAUUUCUGUUGUAUGUUUAAUGAUGUCUGAGACUUUUCGGUUAUGACUUGUUUGCUCUUAUUUUGUAAGGACCUUCAGAGCGCUAAAGCAUCUGCAGUUCUUGGUGCAUACAUGCAACACUCUUACCCCAUGCAGCAUUGGAACAGGUGCUCUUUCUGAAAGGGAAGAGCAGGGGGCUGGGCUUCAAAUAAAGAAUAAAAUCUGAUGGUUAAGUAAUACAGAAGUAUCUGCGGGUUCAGGCCUUGAUCCAAAGCCAGCUGAUGUCAGUAAGCUUUACAUCAGCCUGAGGAGAAUACAGCUACUCGAGAAGGCAACAGAACCUGUAACUCUCCUCGUGGGAGACCAAAGAUGUGUGAAAAAGCAGGAUGUGGAUUUUUAGAUAAAUCAAAAAGCGGAUUUUUUUAAGGUAAAGGCUUUUGGGGAGUUCUAAACUCUUAAUUCACUGCACUGACAAAAGGCUAUAUUCAUGCUGAUUAUACCUCAGCAUCAUGAUACAGGCAGAGGAGACAUGGGGUCCACUCCUGCUGUGUGCAGCGUAAGCAUGUCAUUCCACAUUUACGUUUUGAGGUGUGACUGGUUAAAUAUUGAUGAAGUUUUCUAUGCAAAAGUAGGAUAUGCAUCAGAGCGCAAGAUCUAUUCCUUUUGCCUUCCGCUUAUAUCUCAUAAAGAGCUAGAGUUACAAGGAAUUCUGAGUUAAUAUAGAUCCCAGAAUUAAGAUAAAAAUAGAAAAAAAAAUCAGUAAUUAAGAUUAUUUUUUUCCAUGGAAUAUUCAAAUUUCCUUCUUCAUGGCCAUCAGUGAUAGGACAACGUUAGUGAUGGCUGCAGGUGACCACCAUUGCUGCUAUAUUAAAAAGAAGCAGCCAUCACUAUGGUUGGACUUUGGGGUUGUUGUUUUUCUUACUGUGGAAAAAACAGCAUAAAACUAUGGGUUUACAUUGUUCUUCAAGGUGUUGUGUUUAAUCUGUUGAGCAAUCCUCAUAUCUAGAGGUUUUGUUUAUUUAGUUUUUUUAUUAAUAGUUUUAAUCAUAAAAAGCUGCAAACUCUUCCAGGUAUGUCUUUUAGAUUGAUGCUUAUGUUAUCAAAUAACUAGUCUUACUUAGAAGAAACAUCACACUUGUAUUUCCAUUAUAUUCCUUGAAAAAUAACCAAAGGACAGCAGCUCGAUCAGUGUGCUGGGAUAUGGCACUUUACAUUCUCACGGGAAAUUAAUUCCCCAAAACACUUGUUAACAAUAAACUGCACUACAAAGCA